GUGAUCUUCCCACCUCAGCCUCCCAGAGUGCUAGGAUUACAGGAGUGAGCCACCGUGCCUGGCCUCUUUUUUCAUAUAAUGGUCAUACUUAUCCUACCCUUGAGAGGCUCCAUCCAGGACAGAUUGGAUGAAACCUUGACUACAGCUAAAAUAUAAAUGCUCUUGCCAGAGACUCCCCCUGCUGUCCUGGGUGAGAGGACACAGGACUCCACUUCUGAUUGGCACCGCUCCCAGCCCUGCCUUGGUUGCCUGGCAACAGCUCUGCGUCUCUAACUGAGGAGACACCAUGGCGGUUCCAAGGGCCAAGAGGGUAGUGGUGUACCGGAAUGGAGACCCCUUCUUCCCAGGCUCCCAGCUGGUGGUGACUCAACGCCGCUUUCCCACGAUGGAAGCCUUCCUCUGCAAGGUGACUUCAGCUGUGCAGGCCCCACUGGCUGUGCGUGCUCUCUACACGCCUUGUCACGGCCACCCUGUCACCGACCUGGCAGACUUGCAGAACGGAGGGCAGUAUGUGGCUGCUGGGUUUGAACGAUUCCACAAGCUGCACUAUUUGCCCCCUGGAGGGAAGGACCCAGGUGGGAAGAGCAGCAGACUGCAAAGUCUUCCCGCAACUCGCUGCCUGUGUGACAGAGCCCUUGAACAGGGGCUGCCUGCAGGUGCCCCCUGCUGUAUCCAUAUAUUUAGGAAUGGGGACCUGGUAAGUCCCCCAUUUAGUCUGAAGCUGUCCAGGGCUGCCAGCCAGGACUGGGAAACCGUAUUGAAGCUCCUGACUGAGAAGGCCAAGUUGCCGAGUGGGGCUGUGUGCAAACUCUGCACCCUGGAGGGGCUCACGGUGUCAGCAGGGGAGGCUCUGGUGAGUGGCCAUUACUAUGUGGCCGCUGGAGAGGAUGAGUUCAAGGCCCUCCCCUAUCUGGAGCUGCUGGUGCCCUGCCCCUCCCUGCCCCGGGGCUGCUGGCAUCCUCCAGGCCGGAAGUCCAGGCCCCACAGGCAGGGGGCCCAUGGCCACAGGGCUCAGGCAACCCAGCCCUCUCCAGAGGAACCAGGCCACAGUGAGCCAUCUGCUUUCUAUGCCAGACCCCAGCAGGACAUUCAGCCAAGAAGCACGCUCCCCACACUCUCGUUCCUGUCAGGAGUUAAGGGAGUGUACGGGGCUCCCCACCCGAGGUGGCAGACAGCAGGGGCCCAGGAAGUAGCAGAUAAUGAAGACACCCAGACAGAGGAGCCCUUGGAUCGGACGGUGGCAGAGACAGUGGAGGAGGCCCUGUCCCUGGAAAACCAGCCUGGGGCUGGGGCUGCAAUCUCAGCCUCAGCCCCUGUUCUGCCAUCUUGAGAGCCAGCAGCUCCAGACAGGAACUGGGGACAACCACUCUAGCUACCUUUUGUCUUCAGCUUCCAGCAGCCUGUCCCUGAGAAGCCAGCUCCUCCCCUGGGCUCACAGGGUACAUCUUCCUCUCCUAAACCCACAGCCCAGUCUCCCCUUCCUUCCUGAGCAGAGCAG